AUGGACAACGAAUCGCUCCAAACGAUGAGCCUUCCUCCGCAACAGGACCCCGUCAAGAGAGUGGCGUGUAUCCGGUGCCGUACACAGAAGCUCAAAUGUAUCAAAUCGACGCUUGCAUCUGUUACCAGCAGAUGCGACCGUUGCCGGAAAGCAGACGUUCAGUGUACGUACGCUGCGUCCAAACCAAUGGGACGACCAAGGACAGCUCGAUCUCGGCAAGCAAACCAGAUGCCCCAAAGUCCAACGUCUCAAUCGGAUAAGACAACAACACCACAGCCAUGCGAUUCUUCCCGCGAGCCACUCGAAUUCGACAACAUCAUAGACGAUGCAGAUCAAAUGCUUGAUACGCAGAGCAUGAACGUGUUCUUCGACCACAUGACACCCUUCGACCACCACAGCGACACGACGACAAGCCAGGGCCUUGGGCUCACAGCCAGCGAGUUCGAAUUUCUCACUCCAUGCUCGAGCCAAAGCAGUCUACCAUUUCCCAACAAUUUCGAUGCGUACAUGGCCACCGUCCCGCUCGAAGGAGAGGCUCCGGAACCCCAUGUGGAACCAGCGGCCAGUGCGUACGUUUCAGAGGGCACCCAACGAAGUAGCAUGCAGCACUUGGCGAAGAUUGGGCUGGACCUGUACGCCCAAGUGACCAAAUAUCAGAAAGCUGGCGACGGCGUCGUAAUGGCAGAUCUAGUCCGGGAUGUGCUCCACAGCUCAACCGAGUAUCUGAACCGGCUACUUUCACUGGACGGAACAUUUGUAACAACCACCCAUCAUCAACAACAACACUGCAAAACCGGACUCGACUGGUCAGACGGGCAAUCCUAUCCACAACAACCCCAGCAAUUGGACAUGCCAGCCUCAUUCCAACUUCUCAUCCCAUAUGUCCGACUAGUGCAACUUCACAAUAUCCUAUACCGGGCACUUCUCCGCUGCCUAAGCAGUGGUAGCAGCAGUAACAGUAGCAUCAGCGGCAACAGUAGUAGAUCCGGCCCCAUCGACACCACAUCAGCAGCACAUGCAUCAUCCAACUUUCCCGAUCUCUCGGUGGGCGGCAUGUGUGUCAAUGCCGGCGACCCACUCCGGGCGCGUCUGCUACUGCAGAUGAAUGUGCACCUACUAGCGGAGAUUGAAACGACACUGGAGCUACCGCAUGAGGCGCGGAUAUGUUGCUCCUCAGAUCACGAGGGUAGUAUCGGUGGCGCCAUGGGCUUCAUGUCGGCCAAAGAGCAGGGUGCUGCCGCUGUUGCCGGCGGCGGCGGUUUCGUCUUGCGCAAGACCGUGUCCCCACGGCUGCUCAAGACCAUUCUCGAUGAACGCAAUUUGGGCGGCGAUGAUGUGCAGUCGAUGCGCGAUCGCAUUGCUUACAUUAAAUGCUUACUAAGGUACUCCAUGCUGCAAGCUUAA